AUGAGGGCUCAACAAGUAAACCUACUGAUGGAGGAAAAAAAUGCCACAACAAAAGUUGUUCCCCCACUAGCAAUGGAAGAAGUUAGACCCCCAUCGUCUUUCCCUCAAAGAUUGAAGAAAUACAAUGAUGACUUUCAGUUUAAGAAGUUUAUAGAUAUCCUUGACCAGCUAUACAUCAAUUUUCUACUCUUGGAGGCCAUUGAUCAGAUGCUUACAUAUGCUAAAUUUCUCAAGGAAAUUGUCACAAAGAAGAUGAAGGUUGAGAAGUAUGAGACAAUUGUUAUAGCAAAAGAGUAUUGUUCUGUGCUAAGCAAGCUACCACCAAAGAGAAAAGAUCAUAGCAACUUUGUCAUUCAUUGCUCUAUAAGAGACAACUAUGUUGGAAGAUCCUUAUGUGAUUUUGGAUCGAGUGUGAACUUGAUGCCCAAGUCAGUGUUUUUGAAGCUUAGAAUGGAAAAUACAAGACCGACCACCGUUAUUUUGCAACUAGCUGAUCGAUCCCAUAUUCUUCUUGAAGGGAUGCUAGAAUAUGUCAUAGUCAAGGUGGACAAGUUUGUGUUCCUACCUGAUUUUCUCAUGAUUGCGAGGCCGACGAUAAUGCACUCAUCAUUUUAG